GUAUGCAUGUAUGCUUGUGCAUAUGGCAAGUUCGACACUGUAAGAGUGGAGAAUCGCGAGAUCGUCAGAAUAGUUCCUCGAUUUCUGAUUCCGGCCGUCUGAGAUUGCCACCGGACCUAAUUUCCUGCAUUAAUCAUGUCGUCGACUGACUACCAAAGGUUGGAUGUUGGCGUACGCCUUCUGCUUGAUUAUCUGCCUGAGAGAGGUUUCGAUACCAGCCAAUUUUUGCCAUUGUCAAUACGUAAGAAGAUAUUGAAUAGUCGCAAAAUCCGAAGCGUCAGUCCGGUCAGGAGCACGUGUUCACAUCGCGGCUUCAACCAGCCAAUCGAUCUCUGUCUAAGGGAAAUGUAAGCAGGAUCAUCAGAUAUUGAAAGCUUUCUAGCUUACUAUAUUGGGUGCCAUGAUCACUCAGAAAUCUUCUCUGCCUUCUUUUGACGCCCCUCCCUGGAAAUAUGAUGUCUUUUUGAGUUUUAGAGGAAAAGAUACCCGCAACAGUUUUGUCAGUCAUCUUUAUGAUGCCUUAUGCCAGAAGGGGAUUAACACCUUCAUGGAUGACGACAUUCAGAGGGGCGAAAACAUCUUUUCGAUGCUUGAUAGUGUCAUCGAAGAAUCGAGGAUUUCAAUCAUUGUGCUUUCUAAGAACUACGCAUCAUCCACCAGCUGUUUAGAUGAGUUGGUAAAGAUCUUGGAGUGUCGAAAAUCAAAGCGACAAACGGUUUUGCCACUCUUCUAUGAUGUUCAUCCAUCAGAAGUAAGAAGUGGGACCGGGACAUUUGGAGAGGCUUUGGCUAAACAUGAAGAGAUGUCCUCUAAUGGAGAGGAUAGAGUGCAAAGGUGGAGGGCUGCCCUGUCUGAAAUUGCAACGUUGGCUGGUUGGCAUUUGCAAAAUAGGCCAGAGUCCAAGUUCCUUCAAGAUGUUGUAAAAGAAACUUUAAAUAAAUUGAACUGCACAUUGCUAUAUAUUGCUAAGUAUCCAGUUGGAUUAGAAUCUCGCAUUCAAGAUUUAUAUAUGUUACUGGAUACGAAGUCAGACGAUGUUCGCAUGAUUGGGAUCUGUGGGAUUGGUGGAAUAGGCAAGACAACAAUUGCUAAAGCUGUUUAUAACCUAAUAGCAGAUCAGUUUGAGAGUUGCACCUUUUUGGCAAAUAUUAGAGAGCAAUCCAAGCAGAAACUUGGCCUAAUUCAUUUACAAGAAGCACUUCUAUACGAAGCACUCGGGUGUGAUAAUGUAAAAUUGGGAAGCACUGAUAAAGGAAUUAAUGUGAUAAGAAACAAGCUCCGAAACAAAAGGGUCUUUUUAGUACUUGAUGAUGUGGAUCAAACCGAGCAGUUGGAGGCAUUAGCUGGUGGGCACGAUUGGUUUGGUUCAGGAAGUAGAAUCGUCUUCACUACAAGAGAUGAUCAUUUAUUAGUUUCCCAUGGAGUUCAAUACACAUAUAAAGUCAAGGAAUUAAGUAAUGAAGAUUCUCUUAGGCUUUUCAGCUCGCAUGCCUUCAGGAAUCCUUGUCCUCCAAAAGGGUACGAGGAGUUCAUUUCCUUUGUUUUAAAUUAUGCCAAAGGCCUUCCACUUGCAUUGAUGGUAUUGGGCUCAUUUCUCUGUGGUAGAAGAAUAUCAGAAUGGAAGAGUGCUUUAGAUAAGUUGAGAAGAAUUCCUGAUAAAAGAAUAUAUGAAGUGCUCAAAAUAAGUUUUGAUGGCUUGGAGGACAAUGAGCAGUCAAUUUUUCUGGAUGUUGCUUGUUUCUUUAAGGGAGAAAACAAAGAUCAUGUUGUAAAUGUAUUAGAUGGUUGUGACUUUUAUGCAGAUAAUGGAAUCAGAAUUCUCGUCGAUAAGUGUCUUGUAACAAUCGAGUACAACAAGCUCUGGAUGCAUGACUUGCUCCAAGAGAUGGGUUGGGAAAUUGUUCGUCAAGAAUCCCCGAGAUUCCCGGGUCAACGUAGUAGACUGUGCUUCGAAGAGGAUGUUGCACAUGUACUAUCUGAAAACAUGGGGACACAUAAUAUUGAAGGCAUCAAAUUAGAUUUGCCAGAGGCAAAUGAAAUAUGCAUAAGUGCAGAAGCCUUUUCAGAAAUGAGAAGGCUCAGAAUACUAAUGAUACACGAUGCCCAUCUAUCUGGGAAACUUGAAUAUCUUCCCAAUGAGUUAAGGCUAUUGAAAUGGUCUGGAUACCCUUGUGCCUGUUUGCCUUCAAAUUUCCAUCCCAAGAAACUAGUUGCUCUUAUUUUGUGGCACGGUCGCAUCGAGUACUUGUGGAAGGAUUUCAAGGUUUUUAACAAUUUAAAGAUUGUGGAUCUUAGCUUCUGCAAGUUCCUUGUUGAAAUCCCUGAUUUUUCAGGGAUCCCAAAUGUUGAGACAUUAGACUUGAAUCACUGCACAAGUUUAGUAGAGGUUCAUGAAUCUGUUGGUAUGCUUCAAAAGCUUGCUACUUUAAGCCUCUUGUCCUGUUCUAGCCUUCAGAGACUUCCACCUAACAUCAAGUUGAAAUCACUGAGCAAUCUUUUCCUUGCUGACUGCUCAAAGCUUGAGGCUUUUCCUAAUAUUCUAGAGAAAAUGAAAUAUAUUGAAGGUAUACAUUUGGAAAAGGCUGCUAUUAGAGACCUACCUUUAUCAAUCAGCAAUCUCAUUGGACUUAAAACUUUAAACUUAGGAUUCUGCAAAAAUCUGGAGGUUCUUCCUUGUAGCAUUGGCGAAUUGCAGCAUCUACAACUCUUGAAUCUUAUGGGUUGCUCGAAACUCCGAGAAAUUCCAAAGCUCCCUUCCAAUUUGUUAUAUCUUUGUGCAGAUGAUUGUAAAUCACUGGAAAGUUACUCACAAUUGUCUGAAUUUAUUAUGCUCAAUGCAGAAACUCCUUUAAGAUUAGUCUUAUCCUUCGCUAAUUGCCAAAAUUUGGUUGAGAAUCAGAGUAAUGAUGCAGUGAAGUUCUCAUCUAGUGAGGGAUCCAUGGUUGAUAUUAAACUUCCUGGAAGUGAAGUUCCAGAAUGUUUUGAUUUUCAUGGUGCAGAAGGUUCAGUUGCUCUCCAGAUUGCUUCAAGUUUAUAUGGGAAGCCUGCAACCUGGUUUUUUUAUGCAGUUUUCGGACCUGAGGACAGUGGUGAAGCUACUGGAAAAUUUUCAUGUGGAGUUGUUGUCUCCAUCAAUCACGAGAAAACUAUAGUUUUUGAAAGAUGUUUUAAUUCUUUGGAAUCUGAUCAUAUCUGGAUCAUGAGCUUCUGCCCAGGUCCUUUGACAUGGAUCUUGAAUGGCAAGCCUUGGACCCGAUUCGACGUGUCGUUUUUGAUAACUGCGGUAUCGACAAAGGUUGCAGCAACCAAAGUGAUGUUGAAGAAAUGCGGGUUCCAUCAUAAAUACAAGCGAGACAGUAAUUUGAAUGACUCUCCAUUGGUUAGAAAAUAUGCAAAAAGAAGCCGUUAAAAAGCUGUUGGUGAUAGUUUAACGUGAUGUUAGAGACUAGAGGGAAAAAGUUCAAUACUGAGAUUAUUAUACUUCUUUUUGUUUACGCGAUAAUUGAAAGACAUGGAUUUUACAUUAUUUAUAAUAUAAAAAGCAGCUAAUAGAAGGGAGUACGGUACUCUCCCGUAGUACUCGAAAUUUUAUCAA